AUGAUUUACACCCUCCGGCGGGCGACCAUUUUCGUCACCGCCCUCACCAUCUUCUCCGUCUUGGUCCUAACCUUCCUCCCGCGCUACCUCAACCCUACGCCUCCCGAUGCCGAAGAACGAAAGCGAGACAGACAAUGGGUCAACUCCUCCCCAUACUGGUUCGAUCGCCAGGUCUGCCGAUACCUUGGCCUAUGCGGUAUUCAGCACAUCCGAUGGGAUGCGCCCACUCUGCCCGGUUGGGGUCGGGGUCCCAGCUCUGACCUCGACAUGAAGGAAGAGAUAGCCAAAGUGCUCGGUGUUGGUGACUGGGAUGAUGACGGAGCAGCAGUCUUUGUCAACAAGCCCGGCACCGAAUCUUGGGAACAUGCGCCAGGCCAUGUCGACCUCAAGCGCAAGCGAUCCGAGUCUUCCGACACGCUCCAAAAAGUCCCCCAGUACGUCCUCGAUCAUGCGCCGCUCGUCCACCUCUACUCGGGCGAACACUUUUGGCCUUCCGACAUGGCCGAGCACGUCAAGCACAUGGGCCUCCUCGACGACGAAGACGGGUCGGUGAACAGGACGGCCGAACUUGAUCUGGGGAGUCUCGCUAGGCUCAACGCCAAGAACGGCACCGUCUUUCUGACGAGCAUGGAUGAUGUGGAAUCCAGGCCCGAGUGGCUCCACAACCGAGCCGGGAUCCCCGUCGAGUAUGAGGAUGACGAUGGCGAUGAUGAGCACGACGGAAACCCCGACAAGAAAAUCCCCGGAAACAACCCGACUGUGCCUACGGACGGAAACACGUGGUGGGACGCCGACAAACAGCACCCGCCGAACCGGAUCGUCGCUCCUCGGUAUCGCAAGGGCGGUCCUUCAUGGCGUCGCGAGAAGCGCUUCAUGCAGGGUGACGAUGAGCCGCAGCGUCCCAUUGGCGGCACCCCUUCCGACGGAGACAAGAACAAGCCCAACCCGAGCGGUUAUUCCAAUGGCCCCGCCGUGCUCAUCCUUGUCGACAAAGGGGCCGGCAUUCUGGACGCCUUCUGGUUCUUCUUUUACUCGUACAAUCUGGGGCAAACCGUGCUGGGCAUCCGCUUCGGCAACCACGUUGGCGACUGGGAGCACUGCAUGGUGCGCUUCGAUAACGGGAUCCCGAAAGCCAUGUUUUUGUCCGAGCACGCCGGCGGAAAGGCCUACGCUUGGCCUGCUUUGGAGAAAAAGGCUCAGCCCAACGGCAAACCACCCCGCCCGGUGGUUUAUUCGGCGGUAGGGAGUCACGCCAUGUAUGCCACGCCUGGAUUGCACCCCUACGUCUUGCCGUUCAAGCUUCUGAAGGACGUGACCGACCGCGGUCCUCUCUGGGACCCUGCUCUCAACCACUACAGCUAUUGGUACGACUACGAGGCCGGGCUGAACGAAACCGAGUCACCCUCAUCCCCUCAGUCGCCCUACCUUGGCAACCCUUCCGAUCCUCCAAAGGAGUACACCUCCCUGGUCCCCGCGGCGGAUAAUCCAAAGGCUCCAACAAGCUGGUUCCACUUUGAAGGAGCGUGGGGUGAUGACGUCUAUAGUCUGGCGGACUAUAGGCAGUGGAGGCUGUUUGGCGAGUAUCACUACAUUGUCGGACCGCUGGGGCCCAAAUUCAAAUACUUGGAGAGGAGGAAGGUGUGCCAGACAGACAAGUGUACGAUGCUGUGGAGCAUUGAGGACGGGGAGAAGAGCAGUUGGUAUUGA